UCACGAGGGAAUGCAAUUUUCCACCAAAGACCACGAUAACGACAUGGCUAUAGAUUCGAACUGUGCGGAAGGAUUUUCUGGUGCCUGGUGGUACCAUUAUUGCUUUAAUAGCAACUUGGCUGGUCUUUACGACGAGUAUCGCCUAGGAUACUUUCGCUGGAAUACCCCGAACUUCAAUAAAGCAUUAAAGACGGCAAUUAUGAUGAUAAGGCCCAAAGCUAGUACCCUCUGAGGAUAACACCUCUGUGUGUACCCUGAAAGAGUAUAAUAAAUAAUAUAUUCUUUA